CAAAGGUCAUAAUAAUUGACAAUUGUCAAGGUCGUCAAAGUAAUAAAUGAGAGAUCAACAUCAACGUGGUUUGCUAGUCAUCAAAAUGGCGAGGGGUAGCAGUGCUGGAUUUGACCGUCAUAUCACGAUAUUCUCUCCUGAGGGCCGGCUCUAUCAAGUUGAGUAUGCGUUCAAAGCCAUCAACCAAGGCAUGACCACCUCUCUGGGUGUGCGUGGUACAGACUGUGCCGUAGUUAUCACUCAACACAAGGUUCCUGACAGUCUCCUAGACCCCUCAUCUGUGAGUCACCUCUAUCCCGUCACUGAGCAUAUUGGGGCAGUCAUGACGGGAAUGGUGGCUGACGGCAGAGCUCAGGUUCAAAGGGCGCGACAGGAGGCAGCGGAUUUUCAGUAUCGCUAUGGUUACGAGAUGCCAGUGGACGUGUUGUGUCGUAGAAUGGCUGACAUUUCUCAAGUCUACACUCAGAAUGCCAACAUGCGUCCUCUUGGGUGCAGCAUGAUCUUGGUGUCGAUGGAUGAAGAGAAGGGACCACAAGUCUACAAGACUGACCCUGCUGGCUACUACUGUGGAUACAAGGCCGUGGCUGUUGGUGUUAAGCAAACUGAGGCUAACAACUAUCUAGAGAAGAAGAUACGCAAGAAACCCUCCUGGACCUACAACGAGACGGUGGAGAUGGCAAUAAUGGCAUUGUCCUCUGUGCUCUCUGCUGACUUCAAGUCCUCUGAUAUUGAGAUUGGAGUCGUCUCAAAAGAUAACCCAAAGUUCAGGGUAUUGACCGAGGCUCAAGUGGACGAGAGGCUAGUAGCUAUUGCUGAUAGAGACUGAGCAACAACAUUACUAUAAUACAAUGAUUAUAUUGUUUAUGUUCUUUGCCUCUUGUUGUCUGUAUUAUCGAUGUCGCUGUCAAAGCUCUCAA